CUGUACGCAUCAGUAGUAAUCACAGUCGUCUCGUCGUCCUCAAAGCCUCAUCAUUCGCGCUCAAAAACUGUGCUCCUCCGUUCCAGAAACUACUACUCAAGAUCAUCCAUUUCGAUAUGGACCCUUCACCGCCCAAGAGCUGGAGCAUCCAUACCCGAGCCGAAAUCAUCCGAAAAUACGAGAUCCUCGAACGGGUUGGAUCCGGGGCCUACUCCGACGUUUACCGGGCCCGUCGCCUCUAUGACGGCCUCAUCGUCGCGCUCAAGGAGGUCCACGACUACCAGUCCGCCUUCCGCGAGAUCGAGACCCUCCAAAUCCUCCAAAGUUGCCCAAACGUCGUGGUUUUGCACGAGUACUUCUGGCGAGAGGACGAAGACGCCGUGCUUGUCUUAGAGUUUCUGAAGACCGAUUUGUUCUCGGUCAUCAGGGAGGCCAAGAAAAGAGACGAUGGUGGAAUUGGUCUCGGCGAGCUCAAGAGGUGGAUUCUGCAGAUUCUUUCCGGAGUUGAUGCGUGCCACAGGAAUAUGAUCGUCCACCGUGAUUUGAAGCCCAGCAAUCUGUUGAUCUCUGAUGAUGGAGUUCUCAAGUUGGCCGAUUUCGGGCAGGCUAGGAUACUCAUGGAUCCUGGAUACGGUGGUGAGAACCCAGGUUCUAUAAUUCAGCCAAAUGAGGUAACCCCUGAAACAGGAAUAUCAUAUCAGGAACGCUAUAGAAGUCAAGUGCAAGAGCAUGGAACAAUGAUGAGCAAAGAAGAAUUUUUGGAAGUGUUGGAUGGUAUAAAGGCUAAAGAUUUAGAUAAGGAGACAUACAUUCCUGAUGGAGAUACAUCUUGUCUAGCCACUUGCACAACGAGCGACAUUGGCGACGAUCCUUUCAAGGGCUCUGGUUCUUAUGAGGCAGAGGAUGUUGGAGAGAACAGCCUUGGUUGUCUCACUUCAUGUGUGGGAACUCGUUGGUUCAGAGCCCCUGAGCUUCUCUUUGGAUCCACGGACUAUGGCUUAGAGGUUGAUCUCUGGUCAUUAGGGUGCAUUUUCGCAGAGCUUUUCUCCUUGCAGCCACUUUUUCCAGGAACUUCUGAUAUUGAUCAGCUGAGUAGAAUCAUAAAUGUUUUGGGCAACUUAACUGAGGAAGUCUGGCCAGGGUGUGCGAAACUUCCUGAUUUCAAGAUAAUUUCGUUCAGCAAGGUGGAAAAUCCCACUGGUUUAGAAGCUUGUCUUCCUAAUCGUUCACCUGAGGAGAUUUCUAUUGUCAAAAGACUUGUUUGUUAUGACCCUGCUAGUAGAGCUACAGCCAUGGAGUUACUUCAAGACAAGUAUUUGAGUGAAGAGCCACCACCGGUUCCUUUGUCUGAACUGCGUGUUCCUUUGACCAGAACUGGAGAAGAUGAGACUGAUAGCUGGGGUCGUUUCAAUGACAUGGAUUCAGAGUCUGAUGAGGAUUUGGACCCUCUCAAUGUUACCACCACAAAUACUGGUUUUUCUAUUCGGUUCUCAUGAGCUCGAAGGGCGUUGAGGUGCUUUUUGUCGUUGUUGUAUCGUUUUUUUUUUAAUAUAUUCUUUGGUAUUCAUAGACCAAUUUUCUAAAAUACCCUGUCCAAAGCGAGAAACACCAAUAUUGGUUUGUGAUUUUGUUUCUUCCCUUUCAAUGGAGCGAGUAUUUGGGUCUUCUUUUUUGCUUUGCUUUCAUUUUCUUUUCCGGACAGGAGUAGAAUUCAAGUUGUAAUUGCCUUCAAUCAUUGCAAAUGACUACUAAUAAAGACACUACUCGUACC